AUGAUUAUCCCAGAGGAGAAACCAUGCACAUUUAAUGAGUAUUCAAAACAUUUCAGAGAAGAGAAAAAAUGUGAGAAAAGCUUCACAUGUAAUUUGCAUCUCCCUGAACACCGCACAGUUAACAAAGUUGUGAAACCUCACACGUGUACAGAAUGUGGGAGAUGUUUCACAUCUAAAGGAAGCCUCAGGUAUCACAAAAAGACCCACACAGGGGAGAAACCUUUCACAUGUAGUGAGUGUGGAAAAUGUUUUACACUAAAGAGUAGUCUGAAAACUCAUGAAAGGAUUCACACGGGAGAAAAACCUUUCAGAUGUACAGAGUGUGGAAAAUGUUUUAUACUAAAGAAUAGUCUGAAAACUCAUGAAAGAAUUCACACAGGAGAAAAGCUUUUCACAUGUACAGAGUGUGGAAACAUCUUUUCAAAUAUAAUUAAUCUGAAACGUCAUGAAAGGACUCACACAGGAGAAAAGCCUUUCACAUGUACAGAGUGUGGAAAACGUUUUUCAAAUAAAAUGAAUCUGAAAUAUCAUGAAAGGACACACAAAGGGGAAAAGCCGUUCACAUGUACAGAGUGUGGAAAAGGUUUUACACGAAUAAAUAGUCUGAAAACUCAUGAAAGAAUUCACACAGGAGAAAAGCCUUUCACAUGUACAGAGUGUGGAAAAAGUUUUUCAAAUACAAUGAAUCUGAAACGUCAUGAAAGGACUCACACAGGAGAAAAGCCUUUCACAUGUACAGAGUGUGGAAAACGUUUUUCAAAUAAAAUGAAUCUGAAAUAUCAUGAAAGGACACACAAAGGGGAAAAGCCGUUCACAUGUACAGAGUGUGGAAAAGGUUUUACACGAAUAAAUAGUCUGAAAACUCAUGAAAGAAUUCACACAGGAGAAAAGCCUUUCACAUGUACAGAGUGUGGAAAAAGUUUUUCAAAUACAAUGAAUCUGAAAUGUCAUGAAAGGAUUCACACAGGAGAAAAGCCUUUCACAUGUACAGAGUGUGGAAAAUGUUUUUCAAACAUAAUGAAUCUGAAAUAUCAUGAAAGGACUCACACAGGGGAAAAGCCAUUCACAUGUAGAGAGUGUGGUAAAUGUUUUACACAAAAGAGUCAUCUGAAAACUCAUGAAAGGAUUCACACAGGAGAAAAGCCUUUACCAUGUACAGACUGUGGGAAAAGUUUUACACAUAAGAGUACUCUGGUAAAACAUGAAAGGAUUCACACAAGGGAAAACGAUUUCACAUGUACAGAGUGUGGAAAACAUUUUUCAGAAAUAAGUCAUCUAAAAACUCAUGAAAGGUGUCACACAGGAAAGAAGCUGUUCCCAUGUACAGAGUGUGGGAAAUGUUUUACACAAAAGAGUGAUCUGAAAACUCAUGAAAGGAUUCACACAGGAGAAAAGCCUUUCACAUGUGCAGAGUGUGGAAAAUGUUGUACACAUAAGAGUAAUCUAAAAAGUCAUGAAAUGAUUCACAAGGGAAUAAACCUUUCACAUGUUUAGAAA